AUGUUGUUAAAACUACAUAAUAGGGGCUGCUUGUGUGCUCGUUUGGUGCGGACCUGGUGCCUCUUUUGUGAAGCGGCUGCUGAGGAGACUCUGGCGCUCGCCACGGCCGAUGAAAAGCCCAAGGAAGGGGUCAAGACUGAGAACAACGAUCAUAUUAACUUGAAGGUGGCGGGGCAGGAUGGUUCUGUGGUGCAGUUUAAGAUUAAGAGGCAUACACCACUUAGUAAACUAAUGAAAGCCUAUUGUGAACAACAGGACACACCUGUACAAUUGGAAAUGGAGGAUGCAGAUACAAUUGAUGUGUUCCAGCAGCAGACAGGAGGUGUCUACGAAAAAGGGAACCUGCUUCUUUUACUCCAGAACUCUGUUCUUACAGACCAAGAUUACAUUCUCAAUUAG